GCGAGAGCUGUGAUGGUGUGGAUCUACGGCGGCGGCUUCACUUCGGGCAGUGCGAGCCUCGACGUGUACAACGGCGCUUUCCUGGCCGCCCAUGAGGAUGUGGUCGUCGUCAACAUGCAGUAUCGCAUGGGCGCAUUCGGAUUUCUCUACUUCAAACCGAGGAGCAAUGAGUUGCCGACCAAUGCCGUCGGCAAUCAGGCGCUUUGGGAUCAGAAUAUGGCACUUCGAUGGGUGCAGCGCAACAUCGACCGAUUCGGCGGUGAUCCCGAUCAGGUGACUCUGUUCGGCGAAUCGGCCGGCUCCGUCAGUGUCUCUCUGCACUGGUUGUCGCCGAUGUCGCAGCGCUACUUCACUCGAGCCAUUCUGCAAAGCGGCAGUUCCGAUUGUCGUUGGGGCCUUGAUUCUCCCGACGAAUCACACGAAAGGUCUACUGAGGUGAUACCCCCUUUUCUCCAUAGCCGAACCUGCCACCUAAUACGAUCCAGAAGCAUGGAUAGAAGGGCCUCGGUUUGGUUGCCUCCACUCCACUCCACUCCACUACACUCCACUCCACACUCAGCCAUCCACGUUCCGGCAUUUCCGGUACAGUCGGGAGGAGUCGAACCCGCGGCUUCCACUGUCUGUCAGAAGGUCGACUCUUUAGCUCGCUUCCAUUUCAAAGGAAAUCCGAUGGAAUUGUCAAGGGACGCUUGA